UGCCUUUGUGUGUUAGUAGAAGCAGUCUCGACAUUCCCACGGCUUGUGAAUGCAGCACCAGAGGACAUCAUCACCGCCAGUAGAAGGAGCUCUUCUCUUCAGUCUCUACCGAACAGCUAACACACCAACCAGCCAAACAUACACAAACAUGGCGAUAGCACCAGCAGGCAAGAUGCAGUCCUCUCGUCGGUGCUCGCUAUAUCUUAUAUUAGUCCUCUGGCUUGCUGGAACUAAUGCGUCGAGCCUGCCUCGUCUGCACACGGAGCAGCAGCAGCGCUACAUGCUGCCGCAAAACAGAGGCUUUUUCACAAUAAACAAGGAUUUAGCAGCCGGAGACGGAGAUGGAGGAGGAGGUGGAGGAGGAGCAGGGGGCUCCAGCGCCGCCGCGGCUCCAGCGCUGCCUCUGGCCGCUCGCAGUGCCUCUGAAGGCGGGUCGGACUCCGGCGCCUAUCCGCAACACCGGAGCCGCCGGAGCCCCGGUGAAUCCGCCAUGCCGAAGGUGUACGGCCAGGCCAACCUGAACGACUCUCACAACCAGAUGGUGGUCCACUGGGCGGGAGAGAAGAGCAAUGUCAUCGUGGCCUUGGCUCGAGACAGCGCAGGAGCCACUGGGCCCAAAACCAGCUCUGUCUACGUAUCCUACGACUACGGGACCACUUUCACACUCGUCUCAGAGAAGUUCCAGCUCUCAGGGGUUAAGGCCAAGGAAGGCAGCAAGCAGGUCAUCUCCCAGUUCUACCACAGCCCUGCAGACAACAGGAGGUACCUUUUUGUGGACUCCACCAACAACUACCUGUGGAACACCUAUGACUUCUGUAAGAGCGUCGAGGGCUUCUCCCUGCCCUUCAAACCGACAGACCUGCUGCUCCACAGCAGAAGAUCCAACCUGGUGCUCGGCUACGACAACUCUCACCCAAACAAACAGCUGUGGAAAUCAGACGACUUUGGGGAGACAUGGGUGUUGAUCCAAGAGCAUGUGAAGACCUACUUUUGGGGCGUGGAGCCUUACGACCCCCCCACCACAGUGCUGGUCCAGAGACACGAGCCCCAGGGUGUCUCCACUAUACUCAGCAGCACAGACUUCUUCCAGAGCGAACAGAACCGCACGGUGAUCCUGGAGCAGGUCGAUAGCUUCCAGCUCCGAGACAAGUACCUGUUCGCCACCACCACACGGAAACUGUUUGGCAGCCAUGAACCUUCAUCUGUUCAACUCUGGGUGUCCUACAACCGCCAGCCAAUGAAAGCUGCCCAGUUUAUGACCAGACAUCCAAUCACAGAGUAUUACAUAGCAGAUGCGUCAGAGGACCAAGUGUUUGUGUGUGUGAACCACAUGAACAACGUCACACACCUCUACAUCUCAGACACACAGGGCCUGUCCUUCUCUCUGUCACUGGAGAAUGUUCUGUACUACAGUCCUGAGGGCUCCGGCAGCAACACACUGAUCAGGUACUUUGCCAAUGAGCCUUUUGCAGACCUGCACCGCGUGGAAGGGCUGCGAGGAGUCUUCAUCGCCACGCUCAUCAACGGCUCGGUCAGCGAGGACAACAUGCGGUCCGUCAUCACUUUCGACAAGGGGGGGACGUGGGAGCUGCUUCAGCCGCCAACUGCUGACAGCCUGGGAGGAACUGUGGACUGCCAGCUCGGUAAAGGUUGCUCUCUCCACCUGGCCCAGCGCUGGAGCCAGCUGUUCAACAUCCAGCUGAGGAGGAUGCCGAUUUUAUCCAAGGACUCUGCACCGGGACUCAUCAUUGCCACAGGAUCUGUAGGCAGGAACUUGGCCAACAAGCCCAAUGUGUAUGUAUCCAGCAGCGCCGGAGCUCGCUGGAGAGAGGCACUGGCAGGACCUCAUUUCUACACAUGGGGUGACCAUGGUGGUCUCUUGAUGGCUAUCGCACAAGGAGGCGCCACCACACACCUCAAGUUCAGUACCAACGAAGGCGAGACGUGGAUCGACUUUCAGUUCUCAGACAGGGAGGUGUAUGUUUACCAGCUGUUGACUGAGCCCGGGGAGAAGAGCACCAUCUUCACCAUCUUCGGUUCCUACGCCGACCAGAGGCACAGCUGGCUCAUCCUGCAGGUCAACACCUCCGACGUUCUGGGUGUGCCGUGUUCCGACGCUGACUACAAGCGCUGGUCUCCCUCCGACGAGAAAGGUAACGAGUGUCUGUUGGGCAGAGAGGUAACGUUUAAGAGACGAGCUCCCCACGCUACGUGUUUCAACGGAGAGGACUUCGACCGCCCCAUCGCCGUCUCUAACUGCUCCUGCACACGCCAGGACUACGAAUGUGACUACGGCUUCAAGCUGAGUGAAGACUUGUCCCUGCAGGUGUGUGUGCCUGACCCCGAGUUCUCAGGUGACCUCUAUGCUCCUCCAGUGCCGUGUCCUGUCGGUACCACCUACCGCCGCAGCAAAGGCUACAGGAGGGUACCAGGCGACAGCUGUAGUGGGGGAGAUGUGCAGUCCAGGCUGGACGGAGAGAUGCUGCCUUGUCCUGUCGGAGAGAGUAACGAGUUCAUCCUGUAUGCGGUGAGGAACUCCAUCCAUCGCUACGACCUGGCCACAGGCACAGAUCAGGCCCUGCCUCUGGCCGGCCUCAGGGAGGCCGUGGCUCUGGACUUCGACUAUGACAGGAACUGCCUGUACUGGGCCGACAUCUCACUGGACACCAUACAGCGUCUGUGUCUCAAUGGCAGUACAGGUCAGGAGGUUGUAGUGAGGAAAGAUCUGCAGAACGUGGAGGCUCUGACCUUUGACCCCGUCAGUAGACUGCUGUACUGGGUUGACGCCGGAGCGCAGAAGAUUGAGGUGUCUAACCCUGACGGCGACCUGCGUCACACUCUGCUCAACUCUUCUAUCCUGGAACACCCCAGAGCUCUGGUUCUGCUUCCUGGAGAGAGUCUGAUGUUCUGGACUGACUGGGGAGACAAGGCGCCCGGUGUUUACCGCAGCUACAUGGAUGGAACCAAUGUGUCCCGCGUCGUGUCAGAGGGCGUCCGCUGGCCCAACGGGAUCACAGCUGACGACCACUGGCUGUACUGGACCGAAGCCUACAGCGACCGCAUCGAGAGAGCCGACUUCACCGGGGGCCAGAGGAGCGUUCUCAUGCGGGGGCUGCCCCACCCGUAUGCCAUCGCUGUCUUCAAGAAUGACCUGUACUGGGAUGACUGGUCCAGAAUGGGGAUCUUCAAAGCUCCAAAAGCUGGUUCACAGAGCAAUGAGCUGAUUGUUGGCAGACUAACCGGAGUUAUGGACCUCAAGAUCUUCUACAAGGGGAAGAACAGAGGCCACAAUGCCUGCGCCGACCAGCCGUGCAGCCUGCUGUGUCUGCCUCAGCCCGGCCACCGACACACCUGUGUCUGCCCAGACGGUGCCCCGACUGUAACCAUGCCCAACGGAGAAGUGCAGUGCCAGUGUCCCACGGGCUACCUGCUCCAAAACAACACCUGCGUCAAGACUGAGCACAGCUGUUUGCCCAACCAGUACCGCUGCUCUAACGGCCGCUGCAUCAGUAGCAUCUGGAAGUGUGACAGCGACAACGACUGCGGAGACAUGAGUGAUGAGCAGGAGUGUCCCACUACGACCUGUGACCCGUCCAACCAGUUCCGCUGCAUGGCCUCAGGUUCCUGCAUCCCCCUGGCCUUCAAAUGUGACCAUGAAGACGACUGUGGAGACAACAGUGAUGAGGAGCACUGUGAGUCUCACCAGUGUGGCCCAGGAGAGUUUACAUGUGCCCGAGGUGUCUGUAUCCGCGAGGCAUGGCGCUGUGAUGGAGACAAUGACUGCAGAGACUGGUCGGAUGAGGCCAACUGCACAGUGGGCCACCAUACAUGUGAGGCUAGUAGCUUCCAGUGUCACACGGGUCACUGUAUACCACAGCGCUGGAUGUGUGACGGUGAUGACGACUGCCAGGACGACUCAGACGAAGACCCGCGAUAUUGCAAGGGAACUCGGUGUAACGGCUUCCUCUGCUCCAACAACACCUGCCUGCGAGCCUGGGCGCACUGCAACGGCAUAGAGGAGUGUUCGGAUGGAGCUGACGAGCACAACUGUGACCCGCUGUGUACCCGCUACAUGGAGUUUGUAUGCAAGAACCGAGCCCAGUGCCUGUUUCCGUCCCUGGUUUGUGACGGGCUCAAACACUGCGAAGACGGAUCUGACGAGGACGCCGACUAUGCUGGAUGUGGUACAGCCACGCCGUCUGAGUUCGGCAAAGUGUGUGAUGCCUACACCUUCCAGUGCUCCAACGGAGUUUGUGUGAGCCUGGAGUGGAAGUGUGACGGCAUGGACGACUGUGGGGAUUACUCUGAUGAAGCCAACUGUGCUGCGCCCACUGAGGUCCCGGGCUGCUCCAGAUAUUUCCAGUAUGAGUGUAAAAAUGGACGCUGUAUUCCAACGUGGUGGAAGUGUGAUGGAGAGAACGACUGCGGGGACUGGUCUGAUGAGGCCCAGUGUACAGGAGGUGGUACUCCUCACACUGUAGCCCCUGGUCCCUCUUCUUGUGCCCCCAACCGCUUCCACUGUGGCUCCGGAGCUUGCAUCAUCAACACCUGGGUGUGUGACGGCUACGCCGACUGUCCUGAUGGCAGCGAUGAGCUGGGAUGUCCCACAGCAGCUAAUGGCUCUGUGACGGUGGCUCCGGUCCCCACCCAGGCCGCGCCCUCCCCUACACGUUGCAAUCGGGGUCAGUUCCUGUGUCGCCGACCCCCCCGCUGCAUCCCAGACUGGCAGCGCUGUGACGGCCACCUCCACUGCCAGGACGGCUCUGAUGAAGCCCACUGUCCCACUCUUGGGACUCUGUUCUGCGUUAACGGGACUCGUUGUACUGACGGCGAAGCCUGUGUGCCGGACAGUGAGCGGUGUGAUGGCUUCCUGGACUGCUCCGACCACAGCGACGAGGACAACUGCACCUUGGACACCCUGGCCUAUAAAGUCCAGAACCUCCAGUGGACACCAGACUUCUUGGGUGCCAUCACCCUGACAUGGUCUCGCCCCAAAAACCUUCCUCUGGACUCCUGUUACUUCCUCGUAUACUACAGACUUGUGGGCACCCAGCAGUGGACCAUUAUGGACACUCACAGCAACAAGACCAGCUACAAACUGACCGUGCUGAAACCAGACACCACCUACCACGUCAAGGUGCUCACUCAGUGUCUCAGCAAGCUGCAUAAGACCAACGAGGUGAUCACAGUCAGGACACCAGAGGGCUUGCCCGACCCACCCAGGAACCUGCAGCUGUCUUGUGAUAACGGUGAAGAUGGGAAGGUGGAAGUUUCCUGGAGCCCUCCUGACAAAGGACACGGCCUCAUCAGAGAGUACAUUGUUGAGUACAAUGAGCAAAGUGCUCUUGAUUGGAUGUCACAGAGAAGCACCACAACCAAAACUGAGGUGAAGGAGCUGCAGCCAGACACUAUGUACAGCUUCAGGGUGGCAGCAGUGACCAGCCGAGGCGUGGGCAACUGGUCCGAGGUUAAAGCCAUCACCCCGAAGAAAGCUCUGCCUCCACCCUCUGUGAUCGCUGACAGCAUCACCGCCGACUCCAUGAGCCUUUCAUUCAGCUUCAACUCCCAGUACGAGGUGAAAAAGUACAUAGUGAUUCUGUCCUGGCAGUUUGACACUCACGUCAAGGAGAGCAGGAACUACACAGUCACAGAGCGGAUCCUUAAAGCCACAAACCUGACAGCAGGGACGGUGUAUGAGGUGGCUGUGUGGGCUAACACCAGUAUAGGAGACAGUCCCACCGCCCUGUCCCAUCAUCAGACCGCCGGCGUCCAGCCAGAACGGCCCCUCCUCAAAGCCCGGGCCCUCAACCAGACAGCUGUGGACUGCAGCUGGUCCAUCAGCAAACCACCUGCUCAGGUUUAUGGUGUGUUUUACGCCACCUCCUUCCUGGACCUGUACCGCAGUCCUCGUCUGGUCUGCACCACUUCUCUCAGCCUGACAGUCACAGUAGACAGUGAUGAACAGUAUCUCUUCCUGGUGCGUGCUGUCUCUCCCUUCCUGGGUCCUCCCUCCGACUACGCUGUGGUUAAAAUGAUUCCCACCGAGAGGCUGCCACCCAGGAACCUCCAUCGUGUGCGAGUAGACAAGUCACAGGCCACGCUGAAGUGGCAGCCACCCUACGACGCCCCAAACUCACCUCUGACAUAUGCAAUCCACGUGCGGGACGUGAUCCGCAAGGACGAGCGUGACUACAAGUUGACCACCCAGAACAACACAGUGGAGUACGUGCUGAAAGGCCUGGAGCCCGGUGGACGAUACAGCGUCUCUGUCCGCCUGCGCAACAUGAGCAAGGAGGCCAGCUUCACUCUCAGCACGGUUCCUCUUCAGGCUCCGGAAGCCCUGAAAAUUUUGACAGAGAAAGACCACGUGUUCCUCUUCUGGAAGAGUUUGGCUGUCAGAGAGAUGGGCUUCAAUGAGAGCAGGGGUUAUGAAGUGCAUGUGUAUGACAGUGUGACGAACCAAACUUCCUACCUGGGAAACACCACGGAGACAUAUUUCCGCAUCAACACCCUGCUGUUGGGACACAACUACACGUUCUCUGUGCAGGCCCGCUGCCUGCUCAGCAGUCAGCUGUGUGGGGAACCUGCACUACUGCUCUAUAACCAGCUGGCAGCAGGGGCCAGUGAUGCCUCCCGCGCUGAGGGCCACACAGGAGAUAUGGCAGCAGUAGUGGUCCCGGUCCUCUUCCUGCUGCUGCUGGGAGUGUGCGGCGGCUUAGUGGCGCUCUACCUCCGACACCGCCGACUGCAGAACAAUUUUACCGCCUUCGCAAACUCCCAUUACAACUCCCGCCUGGGCUCUGCCAUCUUCUCCUCCGGGGACGAACUGGGUGAUGAUGACGAAGAUGCUCCCAUGAUCAGCGGCUUCUCAGACGACGUUCCCAUGGUCAUCGCGUAGCAAGACGUCCCCCGAUUACCUAUUUCUCUCUUCCCUUCUCCCCUUCUCUUCUUCCACCCCCACUCCCCUUUUACUCCCCCAUCACUCCCCAUCAGUGGCGCAAAGAGGAGUAAUGAGGCGUAAACUUUGCCAUCCCAAAUCCGUCGAUGGGGAAACCACCCCUAUUAGCAGGAAAUAUGAAGAAAAAUGGAAAAGUGUAAAGAGAGAAAGAGAUAUUUUUCAAAUAUACAAUGCACUUUUUUUGGAUGCGCAAUAACUUAUUUUUUAUAAUAUUAAAUAUAUAUAUAUGGGGUCAAAAAAAAGGACUGAGGAAGAGGUGGACACUGAAGCAAACUGUGAAGGAUUUGAGUUUGUCGAGCACGCCAGGGAAAGAGAGACCCUAUUUGUAAUGCAAACUCACUAUCCAUAGGAGCGGUUCAUUGCUUAAAGCCAAAAUAAGCAUCCAGAGACUGGAAUAUAGAAUGCAAAAAAACACACUCAUAGGAAAAAAAUAAGAUAUAUAGACAAAUGCUGUAUACAAUAUGUAUAGAAAAUAUCGGAGCAGUAAUGGUUACAUAUUUUGGUAAAAGUACAGUGUGUACUAUAGCAGUAUAUGUAACAUUGGUGCCCUGUGUGAGGCAGUCGGAAGAGCAAACUGUGGAUCAUGUUUCAUCAUUUACAGAAUCUGAAUUGUAUUUGAAUGAUCUCCAGUUUGGAAACUGUUGAUUUUUGUAAACUCAUUAACAAAGUCUUUGACAGCUCAGUGAUUGGAUUGACCAAUGGCACCAUGUAGAGACCUCAUAGAUACACCUUUAUUUUCCACCACCAGCACACUGUUGUAUGUCUGUAUGUAGAGGCAACACAUGUACCAUGUUACGAGAAUAUUCCUUGGGGGGGGGGGAGAAUCCCUCGCAGCAUUGUCGAGAUCAUCAGACUUAUUUGUAAAUAUUGGCUUUUAAUAUGUCCUCUCCUUGUAAUGCUGCACCAUAUCAUUCUGUAAAAAUGUGUUUUUUUUUUAUCAUUCAGGACCACAAAUUAUCAUCCCCAGCAUUUUGCCAAUAGCUGUAGUCGUAGAGGAAGUGGGUUCUCAGGGAACUGUGUCGGAGCGGACACCAGCGCAGCACCACCAUCACCACCAUGGCUUAGGCAGCACUGUCCAUCUACUGUUGAAUAGGUACAGAAACCUCUGAAGAGGUACUGGAUCAGCUGUGGUUGGAAUGACUGGCAGACACAGAUUAUUGUCAGUGGUUGUGAUGAAGAGUCAGGUUCAGGCUCACCAUCUGGUUUAGAAAAAGAUUUAAAGGGUUGAUUCAAACAAAAUUUGAAAAAUGUUUGAACUUAUCCAUAGUAGUAUCUAGUAAUGCAGAUGGUUUUGGUUAUAUUAUCCUAAUUUUUUUAGAUAGGUCUCUGCAGCAAAAUGUCUUUCCAGAAACAGUUUGCUUGCUACUCGAGAUCGAUUUUCAUUGAAAUACUUUCUGAUGAGAAACUAGAACCUGCAAUUUGUCAGUGAUGUAAAUUUGCGUGUUAAAGCUCACCAAAAAUGCUACGCAGCAGCUCAUUGCGGAUUUCAGGGGCUGCAAAUAACAAUUAUUUUCAUUAUCGAAUCAGCUGUUGAUUUUUUUUUUUUUCAAUUAACAGUGUUUGAAUUUUCCACAGUGCAAUGUUGCGUCUCAAGUUGCUUGUUUUGUCCAACAAACGGUCCAAAACUCAGAGAUAGUCUGUUAACAAUCAUACAAAGCAAAGAAAAGCAGUAAGUACUGUGAAUGUUUGGCAUUUUUGCUAAAUACAUGACUUUAAUUAUUAAUCAAAAUAAAAUCCCUUCAUGAGCGAAUCCACUGAUUGCGGUGAUUCCAUUAAAAAAAAGAAUUAAUUUUGGCCCCGAAAAAGAGCUGUUAUAAAUGUUGAUGUGACUGGGCCCUAACAGGGACACUGUUUCUGGAAAAAUAUAUUUCUGUUGAAUUUUUAAAGUGUCGUCAUUUCAUUAUGUUAGCACCACAAAUUCCAUUUUUACUCGCCUGCAUUUUAUUUGCGUGGAGGCUGAGAGCCAGAUCUCAAAACCUGGUCAGGUGAAACCAAAAUUUAGCGCAUGGCUAGACACUACUAGUGAUAUGUGGCAAAACAUAUUUUUUUUGUAAUUUGGAUGGUCUCUUUAAGUACCAGUAAGUAGUACAGUUUUAUAUACAGACUUAAACUGUUGCACGUAAAUGUAUCAACACAAAAAAACAUUUUUUUGGGAAUCAUCGUCUUUGUUCUGCUCCUGCCCCCCUCACCUGACUCUGUACUGUAGUCCAUUAACUGAUAUUUGUGUUUUGCCUCUCGGCUUGAGCCAUUUGACCUGAUGGUGUUCUGCUUUCUAUUGACCUUGUUCUUGUUUUGUUUGUAAAGAUGUCUUCAUGAAUGUAUUUUAUAUCUGUACUUUUUAAGGUACUGUCCCAGCUCAUUAUGCUACUAUCACCACCUGUGAAGUUAAUGCACACAAAUCUGGUUUCACCCUUGCUACAGUGAAUUUGUAACCCAUACCACUGUGGACAACAUACUUUUUUUGUUGUUACUCUGCAUUGACUGGCUUCUGCAGCCACAUUUUAGUUGUUACAACCCAAAGCCCAAUUCACAAACCCAGAGCAACAAACCAUUUUUUUUGUCAGAAAUAUUGCCUGCAUCACAUUUCGUUCACCAUCUCAUUUCUCCCCGGAUCAUUGAACAGUGUCUGUAUUGACAUUUAAGGUUUCCUCAAGACUAACGCUUGAUUUCACGCAGCUCUUCACCUUGUUCAUGACGUACUUUGUUCUGUUUUCUUGGCCUUAAAAACAGAUUUUCUGGCAUUAAUGCUGUUUUUGCUCUGUGGAGUUUCUGUUAUCUGAUUUUCUGUUUUGCCACAUAAUGCCUUAUUAGAACACAUUGGGUUUCUAUGUAAUGUACUGUUUGUAUGAUAGAACACAAGUGCACACGCAUGCAUACACAGUCACACACACACACACACACACUCAACCCCGUACACAAGGCUAAGGAGGCUGAAGAGGAGGUUACCUGUUGGGGCAUUUGGUUAAUUUUGUCAGAUCACUGCUCCUUUCUGUGUCAGCUGCUGUAAGCCAGCCACUUAGUCUAUUUUUAGUCAGGUUUUACACAUGUACAAAGUAUAAUUAUUGGUUAUUAUGUGACCGUUUGCUCCCCACUUGUCUUAAUGUUGACUCUUGUCAAAUAGUUUGCUUCAAAAAUGUUGUUUGGCACAGUUUGAUCAUGUUGGACUUGGCCAUGUUUGAAGAUAUUAAUGUCUUGCUUGCUUAUCUCAGAGGUUGCAAGAACAAUGAGAUGUUUGGAGAAACAGUGUGAGGUGUUUUAAAAACCACUUAUACUGAAAUAAACUUGCUGAAAAUCACA